CCAGGGAUCCCGCCUCGCAGCCGGCGCAGAGGGGAAGGAAGGGAAGGGAGCAGCGCCGCCCCCAAGCCGAGGGGUGGAGAAAGAGGAGGAAGAAGAGCCGGGACUACAUUUCCCGCCGGGCCCAGGGCGGCGGGGCGGGGUAUAUAAGCGGCGCUACCUGGCCGGCAGGCCCGGGCUGCGGGAUGCCGUUCUCCAGCUCCAGCACGGACGAUGCCUUCGAUUAUCUCUUCAAAAUCAUCCUGAUCGGGGAUUCCAACGUGGGGAAGACGUGCGUGGUGCACCGCUUCAAGACGGGGCAGUUCUACGAGAAGCAGCAGAACACCAUCGGAGUGGACUUCACCGUGCGCUCGAUGGAUAUCGACGGCAAGAAAGUGAAGAUCCAAGUGUGGGAUACAGCUGGUCAAGAGCGCUUCCGGACAAUAACCCAGUCCUAUUACAGGAGUGCCCAUGGAGCCAUCCUUGCUUAUGACCUUACUAGGAGGUCCACAUUUGAGUCUAUUCCUCACUGGAUUCAUGAAGUUGAAAAGUAUGGUGCUGCAAACUUGGUCGUGAUGUUAAUUGGGAACAAAUCGGACUCAGUGGACAAGCGACAAGUCCUGUUUGAAGAUGCCUGCACGCUGGCUGAGAAGCACGGGCUCCUAGCUGUGUUGGAGACGUCAGCAAAAGAAGCUCAAAACGUUGAAGAGGUGUUUGUGUUGAUGGCUAAGGAGCUGAUAGCCCGAAAUACCUUGCAGCUUCAUGGAGAGAGUCCUCCAAACAGCGUCUACCUUGAUUCCAAGCCAGUGAUUGCCAGUCCAAGUGCAGAGAAGACCCAGUGCCUUUGUUGAAUGCUCUUUUCAGGAACAAAAAAUUGGAAGUCAUCAUUUUUCUGAGGCUAUGUUUGAUCUCAGUUUAAUUCAGAUGAUGAAAGUUUGCUACAUGGCCUCGAGCCAUCUCUCAUGUUUCUACCUUGCAGUUUGGUGUGUAAAUAUCCUCAGAGAUCACUGUUGCUGUUGGCAGCACAGGUUGCUUUGAGCAUAGCAACUGAUACCUUAACAUGAACUUGUAAGCUGAGAGAGCUCAGGAAGUUGCCAGCCUUAACCAAAGAGGAAAAAAAAAAA